AAUACUUCCUUCACACUUCAUGUGCGAAUAAUGCUUUAAAAUCUACAUAAUAAAUAUUAUUAAUAAUAAUGUACUCUUACCAUUCAAUACUUUUAAUGAGUAGUAUGCUUAUCUUAGCAGUACAUACGAAAUCUCAAGAUAUAAAAGGCCCUGGAAUAUCGUCGUGUUUUUUUUUUGGUGACCGCACUGAAGAUGAUUGUGGUCUCUCGGAAGUCCUAAUUACAAAAGUACCACAAGACUGCACGUCUGUAAUUUACACUGCGCUUUAUGUGGCUUUAAAUUACACUAUUACUGACCCCAUGGGGAUCAGCAAUGAAUUUAAAGUUUUAGACAGCAUGUUGGAAAGUGGUAAGCCUGUAUUUACACUCUACGGUCACGAUAAUCAAUCACAAUGGUCUGAAGUGCUUGCUUGUGAAUCAUCUAAUGGAGGAGUAAACUCGUUAGAUGAAAUGAAAAGCUUAAAGGAUUUUUUUGAUAAACAUCCAAAGAUCGAAGGUGUUAUACUUACUAAUUUACAGUAUGAUACUUCUACUUCUUCAGAAUUUCCGGGAUAUACUGAAAAUCUUAAAACAUACAUUGAAGUGAUGAAAAAAAAGUUUCCAAAACUUGUAGUUGGCUUCCAUCUAAUUGGAGCUUUUUUAAUAGAUGAGUUUAUCAACCCUUCAGGAUUAAAAUGGUUGGAUAUUACCGUAAUAGACGCAGCUGUAGAUUUUUACGCUGUAUCUCUGGAGUUCUUUAAUCCAUGUACUGCUGACUUUAGAAAUACCGGAAUAACUCCAAUGAAUGGAUCAAAUACAAUAUAUACAUUGGAAAAUUUAAGAGAUGCCUUACAGAAUUUAUCUUUUCCAAAAGAAAAAACAUAUUUUAAGUUUAGAACAGGCCCAGUAUCACCUGAUGAUUCAAAAACUGUUUGUGAUGUGACUACUGCAAUGAUGUGUGUAGAUCCAAAUGUAGCAUGUGAUUGGUGUGCAGAUACUCUAUUGUCAUAUAAUGAAAAAGGUCAAUAUUCGAAAGAUAACGGAGAAGGAUUUAUGGUACGUUAUAUUGAUAUGGAUGAUCCUGAUAAUUGUUGUAACUGUGAAAAGCCAUACCCUGCGUUUCAUGCUAUGCUAGAUGGUUUUAAGGGCGUUUCAACAAAACCAUGUGAAUUAUUAAAUAGACAUUAAAAAACAACAUCAUUCAACUUUUUACAAUAUCCACUAGCUCUAUAAUUUUUAAAGUUAAAUAAUCAUAAUUAUGAAUAUACUUUAUAUACCUUUAUAAUGUAUUAUAUCACAUUUAUGUUUUUUACCUUUUAUUCAUUAUACAUUAAAGUUUAGAAACUAUCAUUAAUAUAAUAACAUUCAUAACAGUAAAUAUUGACUUCUUCAUUUAUCGAUAAUAAUUUAAUAUUUUCAUUAAGAUAUUUAAAAACAUUGGAAGAAUCUACCCAAAACGGUCUGAGCAUUGGAAAUAAUAAUACUAUUAACAUUGAUCACAUUUUGUUUU